AAAAAAAUACAUAUACACACACACACACAAAAGUAUUAACUUAUGCCUAUGCGAUUCUUUCAAAUCAAUCAUUAAAGUUAUAUACACACAAAAAAGUAUUAACUUAUGCCUAUGCGAUUCUUUCAAAUCAAUCUUAAAGUUAUAUACAAAAGUAUUCCAUGUUUUUUGAAAUCUUCCACCGUGCUUUCCUUUUGUUUUCUUUUGUUUUCGUCUUUUCAAAAGUUGGAGUGGCCAACUUUUCAAACCUGCCACCGGUCCCCAUGUGAUGCACAGACCCUUUUUCUCAUCAGCCGAGGAACUUGGGCUGUUUCAGACUAUCCUUUUCAUUUGUUGAUCUCAUAUUCAUGAUUCAUCUCAGUAUCUCUACUUACACAAUUAGUUCGGUUGCCCGUUUUGCUCCAUAACAACGCCAAUCAUCUUCUUUGUACAGAGUUACUUGAGAGGCAAAUUACGAUGAAGGUUGAAAUAAUUUCUGAAGAAACAAUCAAACCAUCAUCUUCAACACCUUAUCACCUUCGAAACCUCAACUUAUCUUUCCUAGACCAACUUGCUCCGCCAACUUAUGUUCCUUUACUUCUCUUCUAUCAUGCUGAUGAUUGCAAUAAAAAUAUCGAUCUUUCGCAAAGGUCUUGCUUGCUCAAGAAGUCUCUAGCAAAUUGCUUAACUCACUUCUAUCCGUUGGCCGGGACUUUGAGAGAGUAUUCCUUCAUUGACUGCAACGAUGAGGGUGUCAAGUAUCUUGAAACCCGAGUCCCUUGCAAGCUAAUUGAAGUCACAGAAAGCCCAAAUGAGAAGGUAUUGAAUCAAUUACUACCAUUUGAACCUUGUCAUGGAAAAACUGGUUCCGAAGGGGAAGAAGUUAUUAGGCCAAAUGUGAAGGUAUUGAAUCCAAUGCAACCAUUUGAGCCUUGUCAUGAAAAAACUGGUUCUGAAAGGGAAGUACUUCUGGCUGUUCAAUUCAAUGAGUUUGUCUGUGGUGGAUUGGCAGUUGGUGUGUGCAUUUCACACAAGAUUGCAGAUGGAAGCUCCGCGGUCACAUUUGUUGACACAUGGGCUGCUUUGUCUCGAGGAUCAGCUAGUAUGACCAUCCAUCCGAGUUUCGAUGCAGCAACCCUUUUCCCUCCAAGGGACAUAAUGGGGUUCAGGCCUGACAUAGCGCUCACCAAAGACAACAUUGCAACCAAAAGAUUUGUGUUCGACAAAACAAGCAUAGAAGUGCUUAAACAACAAGCAUCAUCAUUGGGAGUGAAGGCCCCAACUCGCGUUGAGGUUGUUUCUGCGCUCAUAUGGAGACGUUUCAUGGCAUUAAGCCGGUCAAAAACAGAGCCGGUGGUGAAAGUGUGUGCAGUACUUCAUGCUGUGAACUUGAGGGAGAGGAUGGUUCCACCAUUGUCAAAGCAUUACUUCGGUAAUGUUUGGAGGGUUGCAAUUUCACCAUCCACCAUUGAGAACGAGGAGGAGCAUCAUAUGUUAGUGGACAAGUUAAGGAAUGCGAUAAGAGAAGUCGACAACGACUACAUAAAGAAACUAGUGUAUGGCAAUGGCUAUAUGGAUUUUCUAAAAAAUGCGUGCCAAAAUUUUCAUCAGAGUGAGAUAAUGUUUUGUAACUUCACUAGUUGGUGCAGGUUUCCGGUGUAUGAGGUUGAUUUCGGAUGGGGUAAGCCUAAUUGGGUGUGCAGUCCCUAUAGGCCUUUCAAGAAUGUGGUGAUCUUGAUGAGUACUAGAGAUGGUUAUGGAAUAGAGGCAUGGGUGAAUAUGUUGAAAGAGGACAUGGAUAUAUUCGAACAUGAUCCUGAGCUACUCUCAUUUGUUUCAUCCACUGUAAGUGGCUGAUUUAUGGUUUAUCUGAUGCAUAUUUCAGUUGGUAACAACAACUAGCACUUGCUCUUUAUGUAAGGAAAAAUUUAAUGUAAUCUGUAUGUGUAAUAUAUAUAUAUAUAGUAUUAUAUAUUUGCAUAUAUGUGCUAUAGUGUAGUUCAUCCUUUUCAAACCAGCAGACAUAAAACAAGCUAAUGAGGAGUUCUCUUGUAGUCACAA